AUGAGCAGCGAUCUAGUCGCGCGAGGCGACCGCCUCUUUGUUGAGGAGGAUUAUGCUGGGGCAGUGGAAGCCUACAGCGAGGCUCUUCGUGAGGAUCCUACAAAUGCGCGAAUCUAUGAAGCUCGAGCCAACGCUUACAUUAAGCUUGAGCAGUUUCCUGAUGCUAACGCGGAUGCGACAAAGGCUCUGGAACUAUCGCCAGGCCUAGCGAAGGCAUACCUUCGUAAAGGAGUCGCGCUCUUCAGUAUGGAGGAGUAUGAGGCAGCUAAGGAGGCUUUUGAGGCAGGGUGUCAGCUUGCGCCCGACAACACUUUCAAAACUUGGAUACGCAAGUGCGAUGCUGAACUGGAGGCCGAGGAUCCCCAAAUGCUGCAGCCCGUCCACCCACCCGCUAGCAACGGAAGUGCCAUGCCCGGCUCCGUAACAGCCUUGGGCCCUGCCUCCAGCGGUUCCUCCGCCGCCCCGCUGGCUCCCUCCGCCCCCCUGGAGUUCGGCGGUAAAUACCGCCACCAGCACUAUCAGUUGGCCAACAAGGUGACAGUGGAUGUGUACGCCAAGAAGCUGCGCAAGGAGCAGGUGGCGGUGGAGUUUGGAGAAUGUCACCUGAAGGUGGUCAUUACAGACUUGGACGGGAACGAAGAGUACAAGCUUGAUGUUGAUUUGUAUGGCAAGGUCAUUCCGGCGCAAUGCAAGUACGAGGUGCUUUCUACGAAAGUGGAGAUCACAAUGGUCAAGGCGGACCAGCUUCAGUGGGGUUCACUGGAGCAGAGCAACAAGGUCGCAGCGCCUAACUACAGUACACCCGGCACCGAGGCGCCGCGGCAGUACCCUUCCUCCAAACAGAAGGACUGGAGCAAGGUUGAGUCGGAGCUCAACGAACUGGAGGCCAAGGGCGAGCUUGAUAUGGGCGAUCCGCUCAACAAUUUCUUCAAAAAGAUCUUCGCGCAGGGUGACGAAGACACACGGCGCGCCAUGAUGAAGUCUUUUGUAGAGUCCAACGGCACAGUGCUGUCCACGAACUGGGCCGAGGUGGGGAAUAAGAAGAUUGAGUGCACGCCACCGGACGGCAUGGAGGUCCGCAAGUGGGAGGUCUGA